GCUGCUUUUGCUUUCAUGUUUAAUUUAUGGUUCAUUUUUCUUCUAUUGAUAGUAUGAUGAGGAUGACAUUUUCUAAGAGCAGUAUGGGGAGCUUUCUACAGACACCUUGACUACAACAUAACAUCAUGGAUGUUUUAUUUCUGACAUCUAGGAACGAGAUGGAAUCCCCUGCUUGGGAUGCAACAAAAAACGAUUCAUUGCCACCCACUUUGACCCCCGCUGUUCCACCGUAUGUGAAGCUGGGUCUCACUACUGUGUAUACCAUCUUCUACCUGCUGCUGUUUGCCUUCGUUUAUGUGCAGUUAUGGCUGGUCCUGCACUACAAGCACAAAAGGUUCAGCUAUCAGACUGUAUUCCUCUUCCUUUGCCUGCUCUGGGCGUCCCUCCGGGCCGUGCUUUUUUCCUUCUAUUUCAGGAACUUUGUUGAGGCCAACAGACUGGGAGCUUUUACUUUUUGGCUCCUUUAUUGUUUCCCGGUUUGUCUGCAGUUCUUCACCCUGACCCUGAUGAAUCUCUACUUUGCCAGGGUAAUUUACAAAGCCAAAUCAAAAUAUUUACCAGAAUUGAUAAAAUACAGAUUACCUCUGUAUUUAGCCUUUCUCGUCAUCAGUCUUCUCUUCUUAGUGGUGAACUUGACUUGUGCCAUUUUGGUGAAGACAGACUAUGCAGAGACAAAAGUCAUUGUAUCCAUAAGAGUUGCUAUCAAUGACACCCUAUUUGUGCUAUGCGCAGUAUCCCUUUCAGUAUGUCUUUACAAGAUAUCAAAAAUGUCACUUGCUGGUGUUUACUUGGAAUCAAAGGGAUCAUCUGUAUGCCAAGUUACUUGUAUUGGAGUGACCGUAAUAUUACUUUACACUUCAAGAGCAUGUUACAACUUGGUUGUCCUCUCCUUAUCAGAUUCACGCUACAGUUCAUUUGAUUAUGACUGGUACAAUGUAUCGGAUCAGGCAGAUUUGAAAUGCAAGUUGGGAGAUGCUGGAUAUGUUGUCUUUGGUAUAAUUCUGUUUAUCUGGGAGCUAUUUCCAACAAGUCUGGUGGUGUAUUUCUUCCGAGUUCGAAACUCUGCGCAAGACAUGACAAAUCCAGGAAUGGUCCCUGGUUUUAAUCCCAGAUCUUAUUUUUUUGAUAACCCUCGAAGAUAUGAUAGCGAUGAUGAUCUGGCUUGGAACAUUACACCACAAAGUUUGCAGGGAAGCUUUGGGCCAGAUUAUUUUGACUGGGGAAAUCGAAAUAGUUUUGGAUCACAAACAGGAUCGCUUCAGAGAGACUCCACAUAAAUCAGAGAAAUUAAGCCUUGAAUGGAUUUUUUUGUUUUUACUUUUUUUAGUUCUAGUUACAGCAAAGACAUUUUAAUUUCUUCUAACACUGGGACCAUUCAGCUUGCACAUGUGUAUUUGUAGAGAAAGUUAUCAGUCAUUCAGUUAGUAUUUAUUUUUUCUUUAACAUUUUUCUUUUAAAUAGAUUUUACUGUUUCACUUUUGGUCUGUAUCGGGAGCAUACAGAAUAUGCAACAAUUUUUGUGAAAUAAGAUAAGGCUAAUACUAAAAGAUACAGUUUAACGGGAAAGUAUUGCUAACAUCUUCAUGUAUGAAGGAAAUAAAUUGUUCAGAAAAACUUGCACAUUAUUUUUUAUAAUAGUUGCUAAGUGCAAUAUAAUGUUUACUUACAGAGACCUGCAUUAAUUAUUUUGCAAAUGUUGGAAAUGUAUAAGUAAUAUAUAUAUAAUGUUUUAUUCUUGCAUCAAAUGAAGUAAGUUUUAAACAAAUUAAUGUUUAUUAAUAAACUACAGUUUUUUACUGGAA